CAGUGUAAAUAUCUCCCACUGGAAUCAUUUAUGAUCUUUGUCUCCCUUGAAAACAAUGGAUGAAUAAAGCUCAGGAGAAGCUGAGACGGUCUUCAUGUUUUCCCCACUUUUUCCUGGCCUGUCCUGUUCAUCCCAUCCAUCAAUGACGUGUUGUACACUGAGCAGUCAGACCAUAUCUGGAGUAUUGGGCUCUGUUCCUGAUGCCUCACUGUGAGGGGGAAAGUCCCACUGGAGGUCAUGCCGAGUGGGAUGCCUGAGGGCAGGUGAUGAGAUUAAAUAAAGCUGGAACCUCCCACUGUGAUGUUCUCAGGAAAAGGCCCCAGGAUGUUCCGGUUGCUUCUACUGGGCAUGUUCAUAGUGCUCUUCAUGGAUGAGGGAGACAGAGUCCUGACAUGGAAAUGGGUUCGAUUUUGCAAUUUCUGUAAACACUUUGAUGGAUCCAUUUGCCGCGGUGGCAUGAAAAGUUGCUGGAAGUUUAAUAUAUAUUUGAAAAACAGGAGUUGUGCCACAGAUCACUAUUACUUUAGUGAUCUCACUACAGGGAGAUAUCUGUUCCGUUAUACAACACUAUCUUGCAGGCCCUGUGAUGAGGGAAUGUUCCAAGUAUUCCACGACCUCCUGAGAGAAACAACUUGCUGCAUUAGUCAAAACAGGUGUAAUACUGGCAGAGAUAAUGUAGAUAUUACGAGGAUUCUUGGAGCAGAGCCUGAUGAAGUAGUGUAUGGUUCAUAUAAUUAUGAAUGA